GUGUGCUUUUUACUACGUCGUCCCGUACACAUCCACCUCGGAAGAGUCGCUCGUCGAGCACGUCCGCCGCCACACGGCCGACGCGCCGUACGUGCAGCCCGCGACUUGGUACAUUAGCCACGCGUGGGGCUACCUCUUCCUCGAGACGCUCGAGAGCCUCCAGUCGUUCUUCCGCGAGCGCUGCAUCGACGACCCGGUCGUGUGGUUUUGCGUCUUCCAAAACAACCAGCACCGGGGGAGCGAGCCCCCGUUUGCGUGGUGGCAGUCCACGUUCCAAGAGUCGCUCGCGGCCCUAAACAACGUCGUCAUGGUCAUGCACCCGUGGAAAAACCCGGUCACGCUCACGCGGUCAUGGGGCAUCUUUGAGAACUAA